CGCACAGAAAGCCUCUCUCUCUCUCUCUCUCUCUCUCUCUCUAUCUCUCUUCCGUACACGCCAUGUCCGUCUUUCUCAAAGCUUACCCUCUCAUACCCCUUCGCGCCAAACCUCCAUUCACUCUCUUCUCCUCCGCCAUUCUCAGACCUUUGUUACUCCCCAAAGUUCUUUCCCAAAACAGAAGUCUUUUUGCUUCCGCUUCCUCCAUUUCACCUUCCAAUAACUCUUCUCCUCCUCCUAACGAAACCCUAAUUCAGCCCCCAAAGCCCCCGCUUUCUCACAAGGAAACGCUCGAUUGGGUCAAGCCAACGGGAUUUUGCGGCGAACUCUCCGUCGACGACGUCGGAAAACAGGUCCGGCUCUGCGGCUGGGUCGCGCUCCACCGAAUACAUGGCGGCCUCACCUUUUUCAAUCUCAGAGAUCACUCUGGUGUCGUCCAGGUUACUACGCUUCCUGAUGAUUUUCCCAAUGCGCAUUCGACGAUUAACGAUUUGAGGCUCGAAUAUGUGGUUUCCGUGGAAGGUCGUGUUAGGCAACGUCCGAACGAGUCGAUCAAUAAGAAAAUGAAGACUGGUUACAUAGAGGUUGCAGCAGAGCAUGUUCAAGUACUAAACACUGUGAAAUCAAAGUUGCCUUUCUUGAUUACUACUGCGGAUGACGCAAAAGAGUCUGCCAAGGAGGAAAUCCGCUUAAGAUAUCGAUGCCUUGAUCUACGUCGACAACAAAUGAAGUUCAACAUAAUACUGCGUCACAAUGUCGUGAAACUUAUUCGAAGAUACCUUGAGGAUGUGCAUGGUUUUGUCGAGAUUGAGACUCCAAUACUCUGUAGAUCUACACCAGAAGGUGCCCGGGACUAUUUGGUCCCCUCAAGGGUUCAGCCAGGAACAUUUUAUGCUUUGCCUCAAAGCCCGCAACUGUUCAAGCAAAUGUUAAUGGUUUCUGGUUUUGAUAAAUAUUAUCAAAUAGCUAGAUGUUUUCGGGAUGAAGAUCUGAGAGCAGACAGGCAGCCUGAAUUCACUCAGCUUGAUAUGGAACUCGCUUUCACCCCUUUGGAGGACAUGCUGAGGCUCAAUGAAGAUUUGAUUAGAAAGGUUUUUCUGGAGAUUAAAGGUGUGCAUCUACCAAACCCCUUCCCUAGGCUUACAUAUGCUGAAGCCAUGAGUCGAUAUGGUUCAGAUAGGCCUGAUCUUAGAUUUGAUCUUGAGCUUAAGGAUGUGUCUGAUAUAUUUUCAGAUUCCCCGUUCAGGGUUUUUUCAGAUACCUUGAAAAGUGGGGGGAUUAUCAAAGUGCUAUGCGUGCCCUCAGGUGCUAAAAAGUAUUCAAACACAGCUCUCAAGAAAGGUGAUAUUUACAAUGAAGCUAUACAAUCUGGAGCAAAGGGUUUGCCUUUCCUGAAGGUUUUGGAUGAUGCAGAAGUUGAGGGAAAUCCUGCUUUAGUAUCUAGUUUGGAUCCAACAAAUAAAGAGCAAUUCCUGACGCAUUGCUCCGCUAGACCAGGUGAUCUAAUCUUGUUUGCAGUAGGCCCUGACUCGUCAGUUAACAAAACUUUAGGCCGACUUAGAUUGUUUGUAGCACAUGAGCUUGGCUUGGUUGACGAUUCCAGGCAUUCAAUUAUGUGGGUGACCGAUUUCCCAAUGUUUGAGUGGAAUGACUCAGAGCAGAGGCUUGAGCCCUUGCAUCACCCCUUCACAGCCCCAAAUCCGGAAGACAUGGAAGAUCUGUCAUCUGCUCGUGCUUUAGCUUAUGACAUGGUUUACAAUGGAGUAGAGAUCGGUGGGGGAAGUUUGAGAAUCUACAAACGCGAGGUUCAGCAAAAAGUUCUGGAAAUCAUUGGCAUCUCCCCUGAAGAGGCUGAAGCGAAGUUUGGCUAUCUUCUCGAGGCGUUAGACAUGGGUGCUCCCCCACACGGGGGGAUAGCUUAUGGAUUGGAUAGAUUGGUGAUGUUGUUGGCGGGUGCCAAUUCCAUUAGGGAUGUCAUAGCUUUCCCUAAGACACAAACUGCACAAUGUGCGCUCACUAGAGCACCAUCAGAGGUCGAUCCACAGCAGCUGAAAGAUCUUUCUUUUCAGAGACAUUAAAGUCAUUCUUGUUCAUUGAUUGACAGAUGUUUUAAAUUAUUCAUGACCCAAAAAAAAAAAAAAAAGUUAUAGAUAAACAUUAAAGUUGCGGGUUUGUUGUUCCUUGACGGUGAUUGCACCAGAAUAAUUUUGUGACCCGCCUUGUGAUUUCUUUCUUAUUGUUAAUUGAAGAGAUUAAAUUGAGUGAAUAAAA